GGUGGUUUGAAAGCUGUUUUAUGGACUGACGUUUACCAAGCUGCACUUAUACUGGUAUGUUUAACCUCAUUGUAUAUUGCUGGAAUAGGAGAUGCAGGUGGUAUAUCUAAAAUAUAUAAUCAAGCCAAGUCAGACAAUCGAUUGGAAAUGUUUAACUUUACCCUGGAUUUCACCAAACGAUAUAGCUUUUGGGGCUGUCUAUCACGUGGAAUAAUGUUCGGAUUUGGAUUUUAUGGGACGAAUCAAGUCGAAGUUCAAAGGGUGCUUAGCCUAAGUAGCUUUAAAAGAGCUAAGUCGACAUUUCAAAUGAGUAUUAUUCCUGCAUCAUUGUCAUUACUUUCAUGUCAUACUCUUGGGCUCAUAUUAUAUUCUGUUUAUUAUCACUGUGAUCCAGUUUUAAAUAAGGAACAAACAGGAAUUAAAAGAUAUGAUCAA